AUGAGGGUGCCGGGGGGGGUUGUCCGGCGGGUCUGUGUCCCCGGAGGACCGCGCGCACUGAGGUGUCACCUGCUGUCGGUGCGCGUGCGGCGCGGGAGCGCCCGGUUACCGGGGCGACGGGAAAGGGCGGGUGGCGCCGCAGCCAGAGCUCGUCUGGGCGGGGGCGCGGGAGCGGCCACCCGGAGUCCGGAUUGUCCCCCGGUUGUGUUUGGGACCCGGGAGGUGGAAGGAGCUAGAAAGUUGGGAUGUCCAAGACCACCCCAGAAAACAGUGUCACCCAAACAGGAACCCGAAGACAGGAAAGAGGAUAAAGUCACUGGCAAAGGCAGCGAAAGUGGCACUUCCUGCAAUGACCUCUCCACUUCCAGCUGCGACAGCCACUCGGAGGCAAGCACCCCCCAGGACAACCCGCCCAGCGCCCAGCCGGCAGCCGCCCACCAGCCCAACACCCUGACUUUGGAUCGCCCCUCCAAAAAGGCGCCCCUGCAGUGGAUGCCCCCGCCAGACAAGCGCAGGAACAGCGAACUCUUUCAGACGCUCAUCAGCAAGUCCCGGGAAACCAAUCUUUCCAAAAAGAAAGUCUGCGAGAAGCUGAGUGCAGAAGAAGAAAUGAAGAAGUGUAUUCAGGAUUUCAAAAAGAUCCACAUCCCAGAUUGCUUCCCAGAGCGCAAGCGCCAGUGGCAGUCUGAACUCUUGCAGAAGUACGGGCUAUAGUGACUGCCACGUCCCCCCGCAGGGUCUUGAAGGCGUUCGAUGUUUACUACAGUGUCACCACCUGACUGAUGUUCUAACAGUGGUCAGCGUGAUUCUUGCUGCUCUUCCUUCUUUUUCUGUGAACAGUGGAUGUGGGACAAGAUUUUUCUUUCGUUCUUUUGUGGUUGUUGUUUUUAGAAACAUGAUAAAAAAAAAAUAAGGGGGUGGGGAGGGUAAUGAAAUCAAUAAAUGUCAAAUUGAAAUGGUAUAUUUGAUUAUUCAAACCAUUCUGCAAGAACGAGAGUAAAAUGUGCAUGAUCAAGAAGCGUAGAAUCUUGAUUUUUUUUUUUUUUGAGCUGUGGUCAACUGGACAUGUUUGUCAUUUUGCAACUCACCAAAAAAAAACAAAAAAACGAACCAUCGUAUCUUUGCAUCAACCAAAAGGACAAUAUGGAUGAAGGAACAUAAAGCAAAAUUUUAGGGGAUGGUUUUAGGAUGCAAAUCCAAAACUAUCUAACUGUUAAUGCAAUAAAACGAGUAUUAUUUUUGCAUGAGCACAAUGUUACAAAUAACUCACAAGAAAUAGGGAAGAUCUGUUUGCUGCUUGGAAAGAAAAAAAAAUACAAAAAAAAAAAGCAAAAAAAAAAAAAUU